AUGACAAUCGGAGAUGGCUUCCCUCCGUUCUACGGCGAGCGUCGUACAGCCGCCAGUGUCGACCUGGAGCAGCUGAUCGUCAUCGUCGUCUUCUGCGUCCUCGCGGUCGCCUUCUUGCUCAUCCUGCCGGGCAUCCGUGGCCGAGCGCGAAUCUACUGGUUCAUUCGAGUGCUCCUCAGCCUGCUGAUCGGAUGCAUGAUAGUCGUGGUGAACUUCCAGACGCACUGGGAGGUGGGCCACGUGGAGACGCAGACGGAGUACCGCGUGGCGGAUGGCAGCACCAUCAAGGCGCGCAUCGGCCUCGGCGUUUCUCUCCACGGCUUCAACAUCACCCUGAAAGGAACUCCGCAGAUUCAGCUGAACGAGAUGAUCGACUACAACGAGCGCUUCACUUGGCAAUCCGGCAACAUCGACGGCGACUACCAGCAUGCUCUUCAGAGGGGCCUUCCCGUGCCCAUCCUGCAGCUCGCCGAGACGUUCGGCAGCAACAGCGCCUGCGCCAAAGUGUCCCAGUACGCGCAGGCGGGGCGAUACGCCUCCGCGCUCAUUUGGGUCGCGUUUGUCUGCUGGGUCCUCUCCAACUUGCUGUUCGUCAUCGUGCUCCGCUACGGCGGCGCGGCGCUGCUCAUGACCGGCUUCUUCCUGGUGACGGCGCUCAUCUCCUUCGGCUGCACGCGGCUCGCGCCGGUCUGCCAAACCCGACUGGGGCUCGAGAGCGUCUCACUGCAAACCACUUUUGGAUACAGCUUCUGGCUCACGCUCGCCAACGGUGAGCGGAGGACGGCGUUGGACACAAUGGUGUAG